AGUGCCACCUCCCGGGCUGCUAGUAGUUAGUGCCGGCGCCGGCGCUCCUGGCUGGGGCUCUCUGGCUCGCGAGCAGCGGGGGGUGAGUUUUCUUUGCUCGGGCCCCGCCUCCUGCCCUCCCCUCGGAGAGCCACGCGCAGCCCCCGAGCCUCUCCAAGUCUCUCGCACUCUCUCGGCCGCUCACCCCAAAGGAGCAGCCGUACCCGCGGAGCUCCAUUCCUGAGAAUCUCUCCCCGAUGGAGUUGGGGUGCCGCCGACGCCGCUGCUGCCGGGAACACUGAGACGCGCCGUGUGUCCGGAGGAGCGCGCGGGCCAGCCGGAGAGUGCAGGGUGCCCGGGCGCACGCCUAGGACAGGGGACCUCGAGGCUCUGGGAAGCACGCCGUGCCGCUCGCCCGGGUCACCUGGCCGGCGGCGGGGACCAUGGCUCUGAAGGACACGGGCAGCGGAGGCAGCACCAUCCUUCCUAUCAGCGAGAUGGUGUCCGCUUCCAGCUCUCCUGGAGCUCCGCUGGCCUCCGCCCCGGGGUCCUGCGCUCCUUCGCCCUUCCCCGAGGUAGUGGAGCUGAACGUUGGAGGCCAGGUCUAUGUGACCAAGCAUUCGACGUUGCUCAGCGUCCCGGACAGCACUCUGGCCAGCAUGUUCUCACCCUCUAGUCCCCGGGGCGGCGCUCGGCGCCGGGGCGAGUUGCCCAGGGACAGCCGCGCGCGCUUCUUCAUCGACCGCGACGGCUUCCUCUUUCGGUACGUGCUGGAUUACCUGCGCGACAAGCAGCUGGCGCUGCCCGAGCACUUCCCCGAGAAGGAGCGACUCCUGCGCGAGGCAGAGUUCUUCCAGCUCACAGACCUGGUCAAGCUGCUGUCGCCCAAGGUCACCAAGCAGAACUCGCUCAACGACGAGGGCUGCCAGAGCGACCUGGAGGACAACGUUUCCCAGGGCAGCAGCGACGCACUGCUGCUGCGUGGGGCGGCGGCUGGCGCGCCCUCCGGCUCCGGGGCGCACGGUGUCGGUGGCGUUGUCGGUGGCGGCAGCGCUCCUGACAAGCGCUCGGGCUUCCUCACCCUGGGCUACCGUGGCUCCUACACUACAGUGCGCGACAACCAGGCAGACGCCAAGUUCAGGCGUGUGGCGCGUAUCAUGGUGUGCGGGCGCAUAGCCUUGGCCAAGGAGGUCUUUGGGGACACUCUGAAUGAGAGUCGCGACCCUGACCGGCAGCCCGAGAAGUACACGUCCCGCUUCUACCUCAAGUUCACCUACUUGGAGCAGGCGUUCGAUCGACUGUCUGAGGCUGGCUUCCACAUGGUGGCGUGCAACUCCUCUGGCACCGCCGCUUUUGUCAACCAGUACCGAGACGACAAGAUCUGGAGCAGUUACACCGAGUACAUCUUCUUCCGACCACCACAGAAAAUUGUUUCACCCAAACAAGAACAUGAAGAGAGGAAACACGACAAAGUCACAGACAAAGGAAGUGAGAGUGGGACUUCCUGCAAUGAGCUCUCCACGUCCAGCUGUGACAGCCACUCAGAGGCCAGUACUCCACAGGACAACCCGCCCAACACCCAGCAGGCUGCAGCUCACCAGCCUAACACCUUGACCUUGGAUCGCCCCUCCAAAAAAGCACCCGUGCAGUGGAUGCCACCACCAGACAAACGCAGAAACAGUGAACUUUUUCAGUCACUCAUCAGCAAGUCCCGAGAAACAAACCUCUCCAAAAAGAAAGUCUGUGAGAAGCUAAGUGUGGAAGAAGAGAUGAAAAAGUGUAUUCAGGAUUUUAAAAAAAUCCACAUUCCAGAUUGUUUUCCAGAGCGCAAACGCCAGUGGCAGUCUGAACUGCUCCAGAAGUACGGGUUGUAGGAAUGAUGAUGUUCUUGGCUUGUUUUGAUGGCAUUCGAUGUUUACGACAGUGUCGCCACCUGACUCAUGGUCAGUGUGAUCCCUGCUGCUCUUCCUUUUCUGUGAACGGUGGAUGUGGGACCGUAUUCUUUUUCAUUAUUUUUGUUGUUGUUUUUUAGAAACAUAAUUUUAAAAAUGAAACCAACAAGUCUGUGUCAAAAUGGUGUAUCUAUCUGAUUCAAGCCGUUUUGUAAUCAUGAACGUACAAUGUGCAUGAUCGAGAAGCUUAGAAUCUUGGUUUUUGAACUGCGGCCGACUGGACAGGUUUGUCUUUCUGUAACUCACCAAACAGCAAAUCAUCACAUCACACAAACUCAGACAAGAAUGUGGAUGAAGCAACAUGGCAUAAAAUUUUAGAUGAUGGUUUUAGGACCCAAAUCUACAACUGUUUAAAUGUUAAUGCAAUAAAAUAAGUAUUUUUUGUUUUUGUUUUUGCAUGAACACAGUGUUACAAAUAAAUCACAAGAAAUAGGGAAGAUCUGUUUGUUGCUUUGAAAGAAAAAAUAUUAAAAAAAUAAAGCAAAAUAUAUAUAUAUAUAGUUUCAGGCAAAGCCUAUAAGUGUAAGCUGUCUAGGAGACUGAACUUUCUUUGUUCCUGAUCUGUGGUUCUUUUGUGUAGGUGUAUGGUGUUUCUGUAUGUUAAGAUGGUGUAAAUAUGCCUUAUACUGUUAUGGCAUCAACAUUCAUCUAUCAAUGCUAGUCAUGAUUAUUUCUGUGAAAUGAUUCUUUUUACAUCAGGCUGUGAAAUAUGAUAUAAUGAUGAUUUAAAAGAUCUUAUUAUCAUGUUAAUCAAAAUAAUUGAGGGAAAUGGCAAAGAGCUUUAUGUAUUUAUUAAAAAACAGAAAAUGUGUUAGAA